AUUUCUUCUUAUGUUUAGUAUCAGGUUUUGCGUAAGGCUAAGAAAUCUAUCCAGAAGCUGGAGCAAACCUUGGGUUCUUUGCUGAAGAUGAAAGAGUCCUUCAGUCUGGAGGAUGGGAACCCAUCCAGUUUGGAGGAAGUCAGGGAGGAAUAUGUCAAGAGGCACUUCAGCAGUCACAGCACUGCAUCAGCCUCAGAAGCUGUGAGUGAGAAUGACUCUACUGUCUGGUAUUUGAUUCAAGAAUGUGAAAAACAAACACUGGAAGAGGAUGGGAAGCCAGAAUUGAUCCAGUCUUCAGACACUUCAUCCCCAGAUCUGGUGGAAUUUGAACGAUACCUGUAUUUUUAUAAGCACACGGUGGACCUGCUGAUAGAGCAUGGAAUUGUUUGCACUGAGGAGGUGCCUCUUCCUGAGGUCUCCACGGCUAUUUCCCACCUCUGGCAAGAGCUUUCUGAAGAAAGGAGAGACAGCAUCUUGCAGUACUGUAGCCAGAGAGAUUUCCUCAUGGAUCCUAAGGCUGCUUGCCAAGAGCCUGCGUGCACUGAAGGUAGUGUGAGGGACAGCCGAGGUAACAGUGAGGAAGCCAGUGGUUCCUCAGUCUCCACACCAGAGGAAGUAAUGUUUGAAGAUGCGUUUGAUGUUGCUGCUGGUUUCCUUGACAGAAACGAGACUCAGGGAACGUCUAGCCAGAGUUCAGCAUUUGCAAGCUGCAGUUCUGAAAAUCCAGAGGAUCACCACAGACUCUAUCUGCAGAUCACUGACUUCCUAAAAAGCCUCCUCUUUGCUAAUACACUGUUUUGCCAGGAAGAAGAUCUUCAGUUUGAUUAUGAGACUGUGAUGCUGAGGUGCACAGAGACCUUCGAUGAUGAAGAUUUCUAA